AGGAGACUAAGGCUGUGCUCCCGCUUCGUCACCACCCUCCCGCCCCCGAUCUUCGUGGCUCCUUGAGCACCCUUGCCAGUGGCCCCAGCUGAGGGGCCUUUCUGCCAGACUCUCACCAAACUUGUCCGCCUUGGGCUUAGGAGCCUUCAUUCUAGGGAAUCCUCUGGAGCGGGUGAACUAAGAACUAGCAGCUCCCCCUCCCCCUGCGCCCCGCCUCUCUCUCCUGCCUUCUUUUUUGGGGAGGAGCUCUCCGCGAUCUGGAGAGUUCCCGAGGGUCACCCGCCGCAUUGCGCUCGCUCUUGCGUCUCGCCUUCACCUGGAUAUAAUUUGCGAGCGAAGCUGCCCCCAGGAUGACCACGCUGGCCGGCGCUGUGCCCAGGAUGAUGCGGCCCGGCCCGGGGCAGAAUUACCCACGCAGCGGCUUCCCGCUGGAAGUAUCCACCCCCCUCGGCCAGGGCCGGGUCAACCAGCUCGGAGGAGUAUUUAUCAACGGCAGGCCUCUGCCCAACCACAUCCGCCACAAGAUCGUGGAGAUGGCCCACCACGGCAUUCGGCCUUGCGUCAUCUCUCGCCAGCUGCGCGUGUCCCACGGUUGCGUCUCUAAGAUCCUGUGCAGGUACCAAGAGACAGGCUCCAUCCGUCCUGGUGCCAUUGGAGGCAGCAAGCCCAAGGUGACAACGCCUGACGUGGAGAAGAAAAUUGAGGAAUACAAAAGAGAGAACCCGGGCAUGUUCAGCUGGGAAAUCAGAGACAAAUUACUCAAGGACGCUGUCUGUGAUCGGAACACUGUGCCGUCAGUGAGUUCCAUCAGCCGAAUCCUGAGGAGUAAAUUUGGAAAAGGAGAAGAGGAGGAGGCGGAUCUAGAGAGGAAGGAAGCAGAGGAAAGCGAGAAAAAGGCUAAACACAGCAUCGACGGCAUCCUGAGCGAGCGAGGUAAGGGGCCCCAGAGGGCCGUGCGCUCCUACAGGGCGAGCGCUGGUUCUAAGACUUGUGGGUCUGCGCAACCGCAGACCGGCUCUGGCUCAUCUCAAAGCUCAACUCCGGCCUUGGUCACAGCUACUGCUCUCGGGAAGGACAUUCAAGUCAAAGACCAGAGAGGUACUUGGAGUUAAACAAAAGUCUUCUUCAUUUCAAUCUUUAUUUUAUUUUCCUGGCGCUCAAAUCCCGGACCAUACACUCAGCAAGUGCUGUACCUCUGAGCCACACUCCAAUAAUACUAACUCUAAGUUAUUGGGAGUUUUAUUCUCCAACAUUUCUAGUUCCUUGGAGUUGAGAAGUUUGAAAUGUGUUGCAGGUGGAUUCUUCCUAAAUGGAAGCUAAUCUUCUCUGAAAAAAAAAAAAAAAAUGAAACGGG